AUGCCGCUAGAGCAUUCGCCGAACAAGAAGCAGCAGAAUGCUGACGAACAGCAUAAUGAUGACGAGCAGCAAAGCGGGUUAUUUCGAGGAUUUCCAGACAACGAAAAUAAUGUAGGUGCUACGAGUUUAGCAUAUUCGAAAGAGCUAGCAGCAGUUUUUCGCCAGCGUAAUCAAAUAAAACUGAAAAUUGUGCGCAUACAGAAAUCGUUGCAAGGGGAACAAAACGUAGGAUUGGCGCAGUUGAAUGUUUUUUCGAAAAACUUAUCAGCCGCGUACACCGAAUUUAGUGGUUUUCACAGCAAAGUAAUGGAACUGAUUUCUGAUGACGAGCUUGCCGCACAAGAAAAAAUAUACGAAGAUUUCGAAAAUCUAUACAAUUUUGUGUCGAUGAUUGUUGAAGAUUUGAUACUGACUGCCAAGGAUGAAAAUUCUAUUUCGAUGAAUAAGCCGCAAGUAAUAAUUCAGCAACAGCCAUUGAAAGCGCAAAUUCCUACGUUCGAUGGAAGUUAUUCAGCCUGGCCUAAAUUUAAAGCUAUAUUUCAAGAUCUGAUGGCGAUGUCAGGUGAUUCCGACGUCAUUAAAUUAUUUCACCUCGAUAAGGCUCUCAUCGGAUCCGCUGUUGGUGCACUUGACGCGAAAAUAAUGAGCGAGGGUAACUAUGAUCAAGCAUGGGCAGUGUUGACAGAACGGUAUGAAAAUCAACGAGUGAUUGUCGAGUCACACAUCCGAGGACUAUUUAGUCUGCCCAAGAUGUCAACAGAAUCAUGCAAAGAUUUACGAACCCUGCUUGAUGAAGCAACCCGUCAUGUUGAGAGUCUUCGUUACCUACAACAACAUCUCACUGGUGUAUCCGAACACAUGGUUGUGUAUUUGAUCGUCAAUGCACUUGAUAGGUCCACACGCAAAGCUUGGGAAUCAAGUUUGAGGAAAGCCGAGCUACCGAAAUACGAACCGACGAUUGCGUUUCUCAAAUCCAGAUGUCAGAUCCUCGAAAACUGUGAAAAUGCAACUCAGCCGUCAGGAUUACAACCGAAAUCGAAAACUGUUCCUGUUACUGCGAAAUUACCGACAACUAGGAGCCAUGCAGCCGUUACAAAACCUGCCGAAAUAAAUACCAUCGUCAACGCUUGUGCUUUCUGUGGUGGACAGCACAUGAAUUUCCAGUGCAACAAAUUAAAUGAUUUAUCCGCAGCUCAGAAGAAUGAAAAGGUUAGAGCAUUGGGAAUUUGCUUUAACUGUCUCCGAAAAGGACACCGCUCCAGAGAUUGUCCUUCGUCCAAGACGUGUCGUAAGUGCCAGAAGCGACACCACACACAACUACACGAUGAUACAGAAGCUGUAAAUCGCGAUCUGAACUUGAAUGCCGCUAUUUCAAGAGAACACCAACCGCCAGUUGCUGCUCCGAAACCAGUCACAAGAGAAGUACCAAUUUCUACGACCUGUUCCUGCAACUGUACACAGGAUAUGAAAACGGUACUGCUACUCACAGCAGUGGUUCACGUCUUUGACAGGAAUAAUCAUCCGCACCUGUGUCGCGUUCUGCUAGACAGUGGAUCACAGGUUAACUUCAUCACCGAACAGAUGGCUGACCGUUUAGCUAUUCCGAAGAAAAGCGCAAAUAUUUCGAUUACUGGAAUCAACGCUCUACGAACACUCGCACGCGAUAAGGUUACUGUACAUUUCCGCUCCCGCAACAGUGAAUACCGAAACCAAAUAGAAUGUUUGAUAACACCGAAAGUGACUGGAACGAUACCCACAAGUAAAAUUGACAUCACACAUUGGAAGAUUCCGAAUGGAUUUGCACUAGCUGACCCAGAGUUUCAUUUGCCAGCCAAAGUGGAUUUGCUGGUUGGUGCAGAGUUGUUCUUCGAACUGAUGAAACCCGGACAAUUGAACCUCGCUGAGAAUUUACCGCAACUACGAGAGACUUGCCUAGGAUGGAUUGUAGCUGGUGUCGUCGAUAAUUCAUCAUCAGGUACAUUACAGCAUUCAAAUCUAGCCUCUAUUGAUGACAUCGAAAGCAGAAUGCACCGAUUUUGGGAAAUCGAAGAUGUUCCGAACGUAAGUCAAUAUUCGACCGAACAAAGGUCAUGCGAAGAGCAUUUCGUGAAUACAUGUAAACGAGACGAUAGCGGUAGAUUUGUUGUGAAGCUGCCAUUGAAGGAGAACUCUAGUGAUUUAGAUGACUGCUAUGCACUAGCAUUGAAGCGCUUCUUGUCGUUAGAGAAACGACUUGCACGGGAUUCCAAUCUACGAAGUCAAUAUCAAGAUUUCAUCCGUGAAUAUGAAGACCUUGGACAUUGCCAGGAAGUUACACCAACCAACGAAACACCGAAUCAAAGCAAGUAUUACAUGCCACAUCACGCAGUUUUACGUCCGACUAGUAGUAGCACUAAGUGCAGAGUAGUGUUUGACGCGAGUGCUAAAUCGUCUCCAACAGCCCUAUCGCUUAAUGACGUCCUAAUGGUAGGUCCUGUAGUGCAGAGCGAUUUAUAUUCGAUUGUACUACGCUUUAGGAAAUACCGGUACGUGUUUUCAGCUGACAUAACGAAAAUGUAUCGUCAGAUACUAGUUGCUCCAGAAGACAGAACAUAUCAGCGUAUACUUUGGAGAGAAAGUCCAUCCGAUCCACUACGAGUGCUGCAACUCAACACUGUGACGUACGGUACAGCAUCCGCAUCGUUUCAAGCCAGCCGUUGCCUGAUGAAGCUCGCCGAAGACGAAGCCGCCGAAACACCUUCUGCAGCUCGCGUUCAGCAAGAAGACUUUUAUAUGGAUGACGCACUGUCUGGUGCAGACACAAUCGACGACGCCGUUGAUAUUCAGCAACAGUUGCAGAAGUUGCUGAGCAAAGGUGGUUUCACCAUACAUAAAUGGUGCUCCAACUCCGAAGAAUUUUUAUCGAACAUCCCAGAAGAAUGCCGCGAGAAACAAAUGCCGAUUCCGGAAUAUGGAGCAAACGAAGCGAUUAAGUUGCUUGGAUUACUGUGGGAUCCACGAAAUGACAUAUUCUUCAUCACGAAUCCCUUCCGCCAACAAGCGACGAACGACAAUGUUACCAAGAGGGGCAUCUACUCAGAAAUAUCGAAAUUGUUCGAUCCCAUAGGAAUAAUAGCUCCAGUCAUCGUGGCAGCGAAGCUCUUAGUACAGCAAUUGUGGAAAGCGAAACUUGACUGGGAUGAGCCAGUGAAUAUCGAGUGCUUACAUCAAUGGAAGGAACUUAAAACGGAGUUGCCACUGCUAACCCAUAUCAACGUACCCAGGUGUGUAACAUUCGACAAUGUGGUGUCAUUUUCGCUCCAUGGUUUUGCAGAUGCAUCUUCAGUUGCCUAUGGUGCUUGUAUUUAUCUGCGCAAUGAAUUUGCCGAUGGUUCCGCUAAACUACGUCUGUUAAGCAGCAAAUCGAAAGUAGCACCGCUUCACGAGCUUUCGAUUCCACGAAAAGAGUUGUGUGCUGCUCUUCUGCUCACACGAUUAUUACAACGAGUGAUUCCUGCCUUGAAGAUGGAAGUGCGAGAAAUUGUGCUGUAG